CUAGCUAUUACUGAUUCUCCAUUAUAUUUCAAUCUGCUGCUUCAGCGUCUUUUAUUGUGCAAAUCUUGACAAGAUGACUACCGCUCAUAGACCUACUUUCGAUCCCGCUCGUGGCAAAGAGGCCCUGCGAGGCCCUGCCUACCACCAGCGACUCCUACCAGCACACACCCAGCUCAAGUACCGAAAGGCGGGACAAGGCGGCGAUGCCGACGAAGAGCCCACGCGCGACCUCGCUGCCGAGCUUCUUGCGGCUGAGGCAGCCCACUUCAAGAAGAAGAACGGCGGCGUCUUGGCCCCUGAGGAUGACGAGGAGGGAGAUGUAGAAAUGACCUCCGCCCGAGGAGAGAAGAGGUCGCAGUCUGCCAACGGCGAAGAAGAAGAGGAUCUCGAGGCGAAACGAAGGAGGAUAUUGGAAGAGAGCAGAGAUAUCGACGCAGAUGACGACAGUGAAGAGGAGGAAGAUAGCGACGAGGACGAGGACAGCGAUGACGACGAAGAUGCAGAGCUGCAACGAGAACUGGAGAGAGUAAGGAGGGAGCGUGAAGAGAAGAAGAAGAAGGAGGAGGAGGAACGUGCGAGAGAAGAGCAAGAGGCUCGAGAACGUGACAUUGCGCUCGGCAAUCCCCUCCUCAAUAAGCAGGAUUUCACGAUGAAGCGCCGAUGGGACGAUGACGUCGUGUUCAAGAACCAGGCUAGAGGGACAGAAGACAAGAACAAGAAGAAGGAGUUUGUGAAUGACAUGUUACGUUCUGAUUUCCAUAGACGGUUCAUGAGCAAAUAUGUUCGGUAAUUAUGGGAGCGGUUCGGCAAUUUUCAGGAUUAGCGACGGGCAAGAUUUUUCUAUUUUUUUCUAUUUCUUUUCUUCUAGAGGACGAUAGACGCCAUCAUCAUAAUGAAUCACAAAGCCUCCACGGCGACAUCAC